CGAAGAUGAGCUUGUUGUCAGCCAUCGACACGAGCGCCGCGUCCGUCUACCAGCCCGCCCAGCUCCUCAACUGGGUCUAUCUGUCGCUGCAAGACACGCACCAGGCCAGCGCCUUCGAUGCCUUCCGCCCCGAGCCCUCCUCGUCCCAGCACGCCGAGCUCGGCUACACCAAGAGCGCGCCCGAGCUGGGCUCCUCGCUCAGCUCCAGCUAUCUCAACAGCUUCUUCCAGCUGCAGCGCGGCGAGGCUCUGAGCAGCAGUCUGUAUAAGAGUGCAUCUCCUUACGGCUCUCUCAAUAACAUAGUGGAUGGGCUAAGCUCCCUCACAGAGCAUUUUUCUGACCUAUCCCUUUCUUCAGAAGCCAGAAAACCCAGCAAGAGGCCACCUCCUAAUUACCUGUGCCAUCUCUGCUUUAACAAGGGACACUACAUCAAAGACUGCCCGCAGGCUCGCCCAAAAGGAGAAGGUCUGACUCCAUACCAGGGCAAGAAACGCUGCUUUGGUGAAUACAAGUGUCCUAAAUGCAAGAGAAAAUGGAUGAGUGGAAACUCCUGGGCUAACAUGGGACAAGAAUGUAUCAAGUGCCACAUUAAUGUUUAUCCCCACAAACAGAGACCCCUGGAGAAGCCGGACGGCCUGGAUGUCUCAGACCAGAGCAAAGAACAUCCCCAGCACCUGUGUGAGAAGUGCAAAGUUUUGGGCUACUACUGCCGCCGCGUGCAAUAAACCUUCCAAGUGGCCUCUUCCCGUCCCCAUCAUCCUUCGAGAACCUCUGGCAGCAUACGACGAACAGCAACACAAAAGAAACCAAGACAAAAGCUAAAAUAAUUGCCAAUAUUGCCUAUCUUUAACCUAGUAAUAUGCCUUACCAGUAGUAGAAUGUAACAUUUCCCCUGUGCGUGCUCACACAUGCCACAGGUAUUUACAGGACUACAGUGUAUUUGUAUGCAUACAUAUAUAUAUAUAUAAAUCUGUGUGUGUGUA